AUGGCAGCAGGAGUGGCGGCCUGGCUGCCGUUCGCCCGUGCGGCGGCUAUCGGCUGGAUGCCGGUGGCCAGCGCGCCCAUGCCGGUUCCCCCGCAGCAGAAGCAGCGCCGGGUGGACGGGCUCAUCGUGCUCAACGUGAGCGGCACAAAGUUCCAGACGUGGCGGAACACUCUGGAGCGGUACCCCGACACCCUGCUGGGCAGCACGGAGCGGGACUUCUUCUUCCACGAGGAGACCAGCGAGUACUUCUUCGACCGCGACCCGGACAUCUUCCGGCACAUCCUGAACUUCUACCGGACCGGGAAGCUGCACUACGCCCGGCAGGAAUGCAUCGCCGCCUACGAAGAGGAGCUGGCGUUCUUCGGCAUCAUCCCGGAGAUCAUCGGGGACUGCUGCUACGAGGAGUACAAGGACCGGCGGCGGGACAACCAGGAGCGGAUCCAGGACGACGAGGAGAGCGACCAGACCAACGACCAAGUUCCCCCGGACAUGACGUUCCGGGAGACCAUGUGGCGCGCCUUCGAGAACCCGCACACCUCCACCAUGGCGCUGGUCUUCUACUACGUCACCGGUUUCUUCAUCGCUGUGUCGGUGCUCGCCAACGUGGCAGAGACCGUCCCGUGCGGCUCGGCGCCCAACCGGGUCAAGGAGCUGUCGUGCGGGGAACGGUACGCGCUGGCCUUCUUCUGCCUGGACACGGCGUGCGUCAUGAUCUUCACGGUGGAGUAUCUGCUGCGCAUGCUCGCCGCGCCGAGCCGAUACAAGUUCGUGAAAAGCGUGAUGAGCGUGAUCGACGUGGUGGCCAUCAUGCCGUACUACAUCGGCCUGGUGAUGACCGACAACGAGGACGUGAGCGGCGCCUUCGUCACUCUGCGCGUGUUCAGGGUGUUUCGGAUUUUCAAAUUCUCGCGGCACUCGGCGGGGCUUCGCAUCCUCGGCUACACGCUGAAGAGCUGCGCCUCGGAGCUCGGCUUCCUCCUCUUCUCCCUCACCAUGGCCAUCAUCAUCUUCGCCACCGUCAUGUUCUACGCCGAGAAGGGGUCCAGCGCCAGCAAGUUCACCAGCAUCCCCGCCGCCUUCUGGUACACCAUCGUAACCAUGACAACGCUGGGGUAG